AUUGAAUCCAGAUUUUGGAGCUAGUGCUAAAAAGGGAAUGUGUUUGAAGUGGGGAAGUUGUCUUGUAUGUAUCAGGUCCUUCUGGUUGCUGCAGAGCCCGGAUCAUGUGUGUGGAAAGCUGAGUUUGUUUUAUUCCUUUGGAUUUGAAGAACAAACACUCGCAUUGCAUCCCAUUGUUAAAUGGCAUAGACUUUCUUAAGAAUUGGUAAAACUGAUUCUUUUUAAUUAAAUCACACUUUAGUCACGCACAGAUGCGUAUUCAGUUUCAGGUUUGGGGCUUUCUUGGAGGGAAAUGGGAUAUAAACAUUCAACAAUUCAAUCAGGAAAAAAAAGUAAAUGUGUUGAUGAGACAUCAAUAUUUGACACACCAUUCUGUAUUAGAUCUGUAUUAAAUGUCUGAAAUGUUUGAGCAAGUUGUCUCCCAUAUUCUGUUGCAAGCUUACUUCCCCCUCCCACUUCCCGCCCUCAACUGAAGUGUGUUCGUCAGAUUGCUGAAUUGGAAAGGUUUGUAAUGAAUUCUUUGAGCUCUGCCUCUUCCUCCUUACCUCCUCCUUGAUUUUCGUCUCAUAAUAAAUAAAGUAAAUCUUAAAACAGAUUAACUGUCAAACAGUAAUGCUCUGUCUCUUCCAUCUACUUUUAGGUUUUUCAAAGAGAGGUGUGCUGAUUAGGUAAGAUGUCAUGGUCUUUUCCCGUCGAUGUAGGAAGAUAGCAGAUAUGAUUGCCUGAAAAAGCAGAGCUACCCAGUGCAAGCAUGGCUUUCGCCCAGUCGCACAUUAUGGCAGCUAGAAGGCAUCAGCACAGUAGACUCAUAAUUGAAGUGGAUGAGUACAGCUCCAACCCCACACAGGCCUUCACGUUCUACAACAUUAACCAGGGACGUUUUCAGCCCCCACAUGUGCAAAUGGUUGAUCCGGUGCCCCAUGAUGCUCCCAAACCUCCAGGGUAUACUCGAUUUGUCUGCAUUUCUGAUACUCACUCGAGAACUGAUCCCAUCCAAAUGCCAUAUGGAGAUGUGUUAAUACAUGCUGGUGAUUUCACUGAGCUGGGACUUCCUAGUGAAGUAAAAAAAUUCAACGAGUGGCUAGGUAGCCUGCCUUAUGAAUACAAGAUUGUGAUAGCAGGAAAUCAUGAAUUGACCUUUGACCAGGAAUUCAUGGCUGACUUAAUCAAGCAGGACUUUUACUAUUUCCCCUCUGUUUCUAAGCUGAAGCCAGAGAGCUAUGAAAAUGUACAGUCUCUUCUAACAAACUGCAUCUAUCUUCAAGACUCUGAAGUGACCGUGAGGGGAUUCAGAAUAUAUGGCUCCCCUUGGCAACCUUGGUUUUAUGGCUGGGGCUUUAAUCUUCCACGAGGCCAAGCACUAUUAGAGAAGUGGAACCUUAUUCCAGAUGGGAUAGAUAUUCUUAUAACACAUGGACCACCUCUUGGUUUUCUAGACUGGGUACCUAAGAAAAUGCAACGGGUAGGAUGUGUAGAGCUGCUGAACACAGUCCAGAGACGAAUACAGCCAAGGCUUCAUGUGUUUGGACAUAUCCAUGAAGGUUAUGGUGUCAUGGCUGAUGGAACUACUACCUAUGUGAAUGCAUCUGUGUGCACUGUGAAUUACCAGCCUCUAAAUCCACCUAUAGUUAUUGACUUACCUACUCCGAGGAAUACAUGAUUAUAAUAAAGGAUUUCAUGUUGUGCCCAACACAUUAGCAACUUUAUAUUGCUGACUAAGAAUCCCAAUAGGGAACUAUUCAACAAGAAAAGUCCUUUUUCUCUUUUUCCUACUAGCUCUUCACAGAUAAAUCUGAAUGACAAAAAUGGAUGACAAACAAAGACAUUUUGGUGCCAGAAACAGAUUAAAGACAUGUCACCAUUAAAAUGUUUGUGAACACAGAAAAGUGAAUGCAUUCCACAUAUAUAUACAUAUACAUCUCUCUCAAGUAGGGACUUCUGUACAUACUGUAUGUUAUAUUGGCCUAACUAAAAGAACAAUGUCUUUCAGGGGAGUGUUUCUUCAAGAAGGUUUGCAGUUUAAACAUAAGAGUUUAGACUAGGAUUUCCUCAUGUCAGAUGUUUCCCAUUGAGCUUUUGAUAAAAGUGGUGUUAAAGAUAUUUUCCCUUAACACAGGAAACAGAAAAGAUUCUACAUGAAUGACCAGCCACAGGAGGAAAGCUGUUAUUUCAAGCCUUCCAAGUCUUGCAUCUAUUCCAAACCAAUGCAAUAGAGGUCUUAAUUCACUGUACUGAAAUGAAGUUUGGUACAUCAGACGUUAAGGAAAAGGAUGCAUAUUACCAGCAUGCUGUAAACAGCUCAGAAUCCAAGAAGGGAGAAGGGAGACUGUGUUAAGUGCAGUAUAAACUCAGGAAUUUGUAACCUGGCCUCGCCUGUGGGGGGGGAAAAAAGAAGAAAAGAAAAAAAAAAAAGAAAAAAAAAAAAAGACAUUUCCCUUAAAGAAAUGAAGGAGUAUAACUUUGUUUUCAUAUGGUAAGGAGAUGUGUGAUUGUCUGUAAAAAGCAAAGAAAAAAAAAAAACUAACACAAACCCAACAUCCAGCAACCCGGUGUUCAGUAUUGAAAUUUUAAAUAAAACCCACUGGGACUAUUUGUUUAAAACCGGUUGCUGGUAUACGUAGCCAAUAGUGUGAUUUCUGGGUUGAAUUUGGCCCACAUCAGCUGUGGCUAAAUGUCGUCGUGAUAGUUUUGUCCUUUGGGAAACUUUAUGGACCUCAUGGUGGAGGGUCAUGCCGAGUUGGGGUUUGGGCAUUUGUUUUUGGAUAGCUAUGUACUAGCCUAAGUGCAGUGAGUGAUGAGUACAUGCCCAUGUGUACAGAGCAGAGGUUGCCUUACAAAACCUGUGGUGGUCAUGUACCCAUUCACAGGCACUAUUGAGGGAGGCCCAAGACAAAACCAUAAACCCAGCUGAAAUCUGUCUCUUGUGCUGUGUGUAGAUGUAUCCAGGCAAAGCAGGGGGUGUCACAGGAUGGCUAGCACCAAUCCUACCCGUGCAGCUUUCCUGCAGGUUAGCAGAGGUGUUGAGUCUGCUGGGAUUUCUAUGCAGUCCUGGGCAAAAGCUAGAAUAUUGUCUACCAACUUGCAGAAAUACUUCCUUCAAAUGUGUUCUGCAAGAAAUGGGUUCCUGCCUUGAACUAACAUCUUCAUGCUCAGAGCAUUUUUUCUGCCUAGCUGGACAUCAGUUAACUGCUGGAAACUGAAUGUUGAUGUUCUGUGUUUGGGGCCGACUGCAUUUACAUAUUAAUCUUGUUCACACAAAUUAGGCAACUCAUCGCACUAUCAAUACCGGAUUGUUUUCAGCUCUGUGCAUAGUUCGUAUGUGCACACACACACAGUGGAUGGUAGUAUUGGUUACUUUUUGCCUGAUGUAUUGGAUAUGAAUGUGAGCUUGGUGUAGCGGCUGCAUUUGUAUUAAAAUUCCUGCUCUGCCAACCCGGGCUAGCAGCCACAACUCUAAGGGAGGCAUGCAAAAAUAUUACAUUUUGAGGGUUUCCUGCAUGCUCAUCCAAUGGAUGCUGGAAGCUGUGCUAUUCAAAGCCAGGAGUUGAUGUGCUGUGGACCCACUGGCACAAAGAAACAUGGCAAGCCACAGAGCUGUCAUUUCCUGGAGCUGUUGCGUGACUGAUUUGCUGCUUUUUCCCCAAACAGGCAAGCAAACAAAAACACAACAAACAUAAAAGUGAGCAAGGGUUUCCUGGAGUGAACAGUUCACAGCACAAGAACAGUCUACCACUGAGUUCAGCUGGGUCUACUUCUUGUUAAAUCCAUUGGUGUAGAAACUGCAAGAUCAGCUCCUAAAUCAGCAAAGACUAAACUUCAUUGCUUAAUGUCAACUCCCACCAUCAUUGGGAAGAUGAACAAUAGCAUGCACUUAUAGAGUGUCUAAUCUAGUCGCAAUUUGAGUGUUUUGAAACAAACAUGGCAGGAAAUUGGCUGUAUGUUAAAAAAGUCUGAAAUGUUUACAUUCACUCAUGGCACUUAAGAUGCUAAAAUGCUGAAAAGGGAGGGAAGAGGUCCUUUUAUUGGCCUCAACAAAAUUUCUAUGUUGACCAUAAACUAUUCUCUUAAAAAUAAUUUUUCCUAAGGUAUCUUCAAAAUACUGUGUAUUUUUAUGUGAAAAAGAUAUGAAAGCAGCUGUUACUUCAAACUAUCAUUUAAACUAAUUGAGGUAUGAAAGCUUAAAGGUUAUUUAAUCAUUUUGGCAUAACUUGAUUGUUGUUGUAAUUUUUGGUCAAGCAUGUUAGACAAAUAAAGUCUUAAAAGAAACAACAAAA